GCUACUAAGCAUAUUUGUGUUACUAUAUUCAAUAACAAGCUGGGAAUGUCUGAUGCUGCUGAGAUAAAUUCAACGCAGUCGCAUACCCAAUUGAUUGAAGUGCAGGUGCAUCAUGUGGGUGUUACAGCCAAAUUGCAAUCACCUUUAAAGAAGCUACUGCCCCAGCUGAGCAGUUCAACGGAUACGGAAAUCUUCCAGCAACCGAAAUCUAAGUACAAUAUGUUUGAAAACGAGGGGCAAGGCGACACCACAGCAACGAACACAACUGGGCUAUCGAGUCCGCCAUGUGUGCUCUACGAAAUGCACGCGGAGCCAGAGAAACGUGUCUCCAAGCCGAAUCGCAUUGAGUUCCAACGCUACUCGAGGAGCAAGUGCACCCGCAUGACGCUGCCGCCGCGCAAACGUGCGACUAGACCACAACCAUUUGGGUCCAAAGCAAAGGAAACGCAGGAGUCGAAACAUCAUCAUUCGAAGCAGCUGUGUCAGGAGAAUCAACCUGGUUUUCUGGCGCGCCUAAUGGCCUCGCUGGACAAUAUGUGCAAGUGCCAGCCUCAGCAUGCUCACAGCAUCAUCGACGAUCUGCCCUCGCCGAAGUGGAACAAAAAGGCCGCAGCCCGACACACUUGCAUCGGCAUCUAUCCCUUUGAGCACGGCUGCGCCGACUACUUGAGCACCACGGACACACAUCCCAAGAUUAAUUCAAUUGUCCUGGCAGAUCGAGCCACGACAUAUGCCACACACUUUUGGGCUGAGUUCUUUGGACUGCUGCACAUUGCCGUCGCCUUCGUGGUGUCCUUUCUGCUGCAAUCUUAUCGAUUCCUGCUCUACUCUCUGGUCAACACUCUGAUUGUGGGUCUCCUUCACACGACCUCCGAUUAUUUGGUCAAGCCCUUCUUGACGGUGAUCUUCAAUGGUUUCCUCCAGCCGCCGAUGAUAUUUUUGUAUAAUGUCAUGUGCUCGCUGCGCGAUAUUCUAGACCCACUCGCCGAGACAUUGGCUCACUUUACCAAGCCGUUGGCCACGCUGGGCUCCAGCCUGAGGCUGAUCCAUGUCAACUAUCGCAAUGUGCGUCACUUUGCCAAGGAUGUGUGAAGGCGCUUCUUCAUCUGGUUUUAAUUA